AUGAAACGACAGCCAUCUCGUGCACCGUCCCCGACACCAACAGCGUUCUCUGGCAUAUCAAAUUAUCGCACGGAUUCCUACCGUCCAGUUAGGGAUGCAAAGGGUGCACCUGCCGUUCCGACCAUCGACUAUCGUCUCGUCUCAAAAACACACUACGGAGAACUCGGCAGAUAUCUGGCCAAUUAUUUGGCUUCAGCGGCCCCCAAUUCUCGAUCCAAUGCUCGAUCCAAAUUGACGAGAUUGACCAUUCAACAAUUCCACGAAUUAUCCACCGAUGUAUACGACGAACUUGUUAGGAGAAAGAAUGAACAAGAAGUUCCAUUCCUACCUGUUCGUGAAGAAUUUCAUCCCAAACGCAAUCAAGCGCGUCAAAAAUUGGCAACACUACCAACCACCCGCUUUGAGGAUCUUUCUAGUGACGUUUACUUCGAAUUGGCACGACGGUAUCCUGAAUUUAAAGAAGACCCGUCCGGGAGGGGUUCGAAUGCGUCCAACUAUGACGAUUAUCCAGCUCCAGACUUCCCAUCGAACUCUGCCCCUCGAAAUGCUGGUGGUAGCAGGACAUCUGGGCGCACUUCAACUGAUCGUGAUCGCCCGUCAGAUAGCGGGUAUGGCGGAAGUGUGUCCAGUCGAAGACCAUCACAGGAUAGGCGCAGACCGAGCGAGACAGAUUUCAACGUUGGACGGAGAAGUGAAGAUGCAUAUCGCAGGCCUGACGAUGCAUACGCUGCCAGACCGCCAGAUGAUGGCCUAUCAGCUGCCCUUGCGUCUCGCCGAAAACCCUCUCAAGAUAUCACUCGCAGGUCAGAAGACCGUGGUCGUGACUUUGGUCGGCGUCCUAGCCAGGCAACCAGUAUGACAAGCGACAGCACUGCAAUGGGUAGUACGGCACCCUCUCAAAGUACGACGGCCACUAGCGCAGUCAUUAUACCCAAUAAAAGCACAAUGGAAGAAGAAUACAUCGAUAUUCCCUAUGGACGAGAAGGUCGCGAGAGUGGGGUAACAACCAUUGAUGAUCGCGAACGAGCUGGAGACAUCGGAAGACUGGGUAAUGGCGCCGACACCGAACCCGAUAGCGCCAGUGAUUAUCCCAGCCCGAUGAGUGCAGUCACUCCACCAGCUGGUCUUGGUGGUUUGAGCGCACGUCUUCAAGGCGUUGAAGAUGAGGAUGAUAUUGGACCUGGAAAUCGCAGUGGUGAUGAAUUAUAUGAUAAGUAUGGCAGAUCUUCCGUGGAUUCAAGCCGUUCCGCUGGGCAAAACGUCAUUGGUUCUCGCAUGAUGACAAGAAUGAGCACGUCGGAGGACACCGAAAAGAUGCGUCGAGAAUAUGAAUACAAGAUCGCAACGAUGCAGAAUCAAAUUACCACUCUCCAGAGAGAUCUGGGCGAUUCCAAUGAAGCUGAGAGAAAGCGAAAAGAAAGUGAGGCCCGGGUUAGUCAACUAGAAGAAGAACUAGUGGGUUUUCGUCAAAGGGCAGAAGAGCAGAGUACUGCAAUGCGUCUAAUGCAGAAAGAACUCGAAGAACUCAAAGAAAUUCGACAGAGAGAAGCUCGUCAAGCCCAAGAAGACCGUGAAGAACUUGUCAUUUUCCGAGAUCGUUGUAACAAAUUAGAGGAGGAGAGAGAGCAUCGUCAUGGAUCGGUUGACUCAGAAGGCGUGGAACAGCUGCGAAGCGACAUGGAGGGUCUUUUGGAAGAAAUCAAUGAGCUUGCGCGACGAAACGAUGAAUUGAUGACUGCGAAGGAAUCGGAUAAUGUAUUGAUUCGUGACUUGGACAACCAAUUGAAAGAAUACAAGCGCAAGUACGAACAGGCGAAGACAGAAUUGCGCGGCAUCAAAGCGACCUCGCAACUAUUCCUACAAGCACCUAGAUUUGACAAGGGUGAAGACCAGUUGCCUAUGGCUUCUGAUGGCGGCGUUCAGGACAUCCACGUCACGGCAUUCUUGUCUGCCAUUGAUAGUCUGCUUACCGCUGGACGUUCCAAUGCCCCAACCCGAGUCCUGACCCCGAUGAAGGCAGUGGUAAAUGCCGUCACAAAUAUCAUUGAGGAUGUUAAAACAUUUGAACGUCGAUCCGCCAAAGAUCGAGGUGACGUAGAGCUCGACACUCUCCAGUCAUUGCGGGACAGGGCAGAAGCAACACUUAGCAAUCUGGUUGCCGCAACGAAAACACACGCGUCAAGUUCGGGAAUGUCUCCUGUCAGCCUUUUGGAUGCAGCAGCUAGCCAUGUUUCUGUUACCAUCACUGAAAUUGGCAGAACUAUUUCUAUCCGUAAGGCGACGAAAGCCGAGCAAGAGCAGGCAUCGUAUAAUUCAUAUGCAGGCUCAUCAAGUGGCGGCUUUUCACCUUCACUUCGGACGGUAGACGAGACACGAUCGAGCCAUCAACGAAAGGCAAGCCAGGCUUCGUCCUCGGGACGUGGGGGACGAUUUUCUGAGUCUGGGUCGCCUCCCAGUCAGAGGUACAUGGGGAGGCGGCCGCCUUCAGAAAAUUCGAGCUCUGAACAGACGAACUCCCCGCCUCCUAUAUUUGAUACACACAGUCACUCCGGCGGCGUUGUGAGUGACGACUCGGCGCAGGCUGAUGGUUCAGAAGACGCAUGGGCCGAAUUGAAGCCUUAUCUCGAAGCGCAAACCGAGUCCAUCGUGUACGCAAUUCAAAGCGUUCUUUCCGGUGUUCGAAGUCCUACUCCAUCGCCUGCCUUAAAUGAGAACCUUACUCAAAUCAUCACAAUCGUAUCGAGCAUUGUCGCUGUUUGUAACGACAACCUCCCACCAGCGAGCGCACAGCAAGGCAAAGAGAUUUUGAAAGAGCUUGCAGAGCAAGCGAAUACUCUUAGUGAAAUGCAAGCACUACCUGAAGUGACGAAGGAGUCACGGCAGAUUAUGGCCAAAUCAAGUUUCGCCAUCGCAAACGCCAUGAAAGGCCUGAUGAAACUGUGA